GAGCUUUUACAAAAAUUUCCUGUACCAAACCAAAAAAGAAAAACUAAAACAGAAAUCGAUAUUAUUACUGGUACCCAAUCACGAAUUGAUAAUAAAUUUCAAGUUGUAAAUAAAUUAGAUGCAGGGCAAGAAGAAUUAUAUUACAGAGCAUUAACUCGAUUUUUU